AUGACACUUAAAAGAUGGGCGUUACACGGUCUUAAAGAUACUAACGUCGCACAUUACUUUUUGACUUUUCAUGAACGAAUAACCAGCCAAUUUUCCAAUCGUCAAUCUAAAGCUUGGCAUAUUUCCACUAAAUUAUUUCGAGAUAAUCGAGAUAAAAGUGCAAUUCCAAAAUUCAUUAAUUCCUUAGUAUUUAGUAACGAUGUCAAUAAAGUUUAUUGUCUUGCUAACGAUGUGAUGAUUGAAGCUGAACAUGAAUUGGAAACUAUCUUAUCAAAAUUGAAAAAUUUAUGGGCUCUUAAACAGGACGUAAAAUUUGAGGGUUAUUCUUACAAUAUUGGUGACUUUAUAAUUCGAACCGUUGAUGCUAGACAGAAAGGGAUGCUUGUUGAAGUCGAAUACCUUCCCACAACACAUCCUCAUUCCGCUUCCUCAAUUCUAACCAAUUUUAUUGAUUUAAUCAUGCCUAAGGAUGCAGAUAUUGUACAAUGGGACCAAAAAGGUGAUAAUUCCUAUACGAAAGUUGGCUUAUCUGAAGAAACAUUUACAAGAAUCCACGCUGCAUAUCAAUAUAUGUCGCUUUUUAAAUCAGAAAGCUUGUUAUGA